AUGGACAUUGAGAAGGUCAACUCCAUGGACUUUGGAGAAUUUGUGGAUGUGUUUGGGAAUGUCAUCGAGAGAUGUCCUCUGAUUGCAGCCGCCGUUCGGUCCCAGCGUCCGUUCUCUGACUUGGAAGAUUUAGAGCAGCACUUUUUUGCCUUUACUGAUGCUCUUCCACAGUCAGGCCAGGAGGGCGUCCUGCGCCGCCACCCGGACCUGGCGGGCCGCGAGCUGCAGCGGGGCGAGCUCAGCGCCGAGUCGCGGCGGGAGCAGAGCGCCGCGGGCCUCACGAGCCUGGGCGCGGCCGAGCGGCUCUGGCUGGCCGAGCCCAACGCGCAGUACCGCGCGCGCUUCGGCUUCCCCUUCGCGCUCGCCGCGCGCCUCUGCGACCGGGCGGCGGUGCCCCGCGAGCGGCGCAGGAGCUGA